AUGUCGCAAUUCAAAUUCGCCAACUCAACCGCUCAAGUGCCAGGCGACGGCACCCCUCCCCCCGAGUUCAUCAUUAAUGCCCCAGCUUCGACGGACAUCUGGGACAAGCCACCUUCCACCAGCCGCUUCUCAGCCCCGAUUCUGUACCAAUCUAUUCCGCUGAAGUCGUUCAAGCGGGUCCGGGUGGCCUUUAACGCUCUUUGGGAGAAGCAAUAUGACCAGGGUGGUCUGAUACUUGUGCUCAACACUGCCGAUGGUGGCAAGAAGUGGGUGAAAAGCGGCAUCGAGCUCACCCAUGGCAGACCUCACCUGAGCACUGUCGCAAAAGAUAACUGGGCGGACUGGAGCCUGCAGCCUGUGCCUUCUGGUGGUGGUGCGGCGACCCUUGAAAUGGUUAGAGAACAGGACAAUAGUCUGUGGAUUUAUCUGGUUGAGGGCCUGCAGAAGUCGCCUCUUCGAGAGAUCACUUGGGUUUUUGAGGAGAAGGGUGUGAAGGACCUCUGGGUUGGUGUUUAUGCUGCUCGACCUUCUAGUGAGAGUGGAGAGCUUCCUGUCAACUUUGGACAUUUGAUUAUAGAUCAGGCAUGA